AUGCACGCGCCAAUGCAGACAACAUUGCGGUUCCCAGAUAGCGCAUCGGUUGAACGGAUGCCUUCGGGCCUAAUUCAAGCCAGACGAGUCGGGUCGUCGUCUAUUGGCGACCCUGUCACCUUCAUUGACGGGGAAUUCGGCGGGCACACAUUACGGGCAGAGCUAAUUGAACUACAGAAGGCAGAUUUAGGGCGAAAAUAUGCGCGGAAAGACCGGAGACCCCUUGAUCCACCUCCCGUGGUCCAGUUCCGACUGUUUGAGGUGUAUAAUGCUGGUACGCCAAGAGAGAUUGAGAAGGAAUUCGAGAACUAUGACGAUAUUAAGAGCCUCGGUCUUCUAUGUCAUGUCGACCUGUUCCCAGUCCCGGGAGAUGACGACGCUGAUGUCCCGCAGGUAGAGAGCUCCAGGCUUCGACCAGAAGAACAGUAUGAGAGUCCUUCUGCACCUUCAUCGUCCACCAUGUCAACAUCUCUCUUGCAUCCUUCAUCCUUUCCGGGAAUAUCGGCCCAGGUCAACCGGGGUUUCUCGUCAAUGCCACCGUCGUUGUCAUCUUCAUAUACCGUCCCACCGCCGCUGCCGCCUCCUUCCAUGUCCCAUGAACUAUAUCCCGGCUCCGCUCAGGUAUCUGCCGGCACGAUGCCGAACAUGUUUCCCAUGUCGACCUUAACUCCUGCGUCUUGGACACAUUCGUAUUCAAUUCCAGCGCCGCCACCUCCACCGGGGCUGAAUCAGAACACGUUAAUGCCAUCCAAUGUCGGCUAUAUGUCGUCGCCGCCCGGCAGUCGGUAUCUGCAUCCAUCGACAAGCUUUGUCGACUCUGACGUGGUCGCGUAUUACGGUGAUUAUGCCAUAGCGGAGAGCUCCAGUUGCACCGAAGCACUUGUGGGCGCAACAUUUGUCCAAUCCGCCAGCUUGGAAUACAAGGGGAAGAAAGCGUUGAUGUUCGUUUUCUCUGACCUUGCUGUGAAAAUAGAAGGAACAUUUAUACUGCGGUACCGCGUCUUCAACAUAUUCUCCAAAGCCUACGGUGCCCAGGAGAUUCCAGUGCUUGCCGAAUGUUAUGGUGGCCCUUUCAAGAUUUAUUCCACCAAGGAGUUCCCAGGUCUUCGCGCUUCGACUGAUUUGACAAAGCACAUCUCGUUCUUCGGUGUGCGCUUAAAUCUGCGGGAGAACGAGCGGAAAAGGCGUAAGAAAAAUGACCUCGUUGCUGAACCAGUACACUCCCCUGUGUCAAAUUCGUCUGCUUCUCCGGCGAUGGCCGCUACAUCCAGAGGGCACAAGGAAAGGCGACACAGCAAGAGCUCAAAUAGUGAAGACGGGGGAACGGGUCGUGUAUUCGAGGGCGGAUAG